AUGGCAACAGCAAAUGGAAUUGCUGGUGGCAUCACCAAUGUGCCUGGAGCUCCCAACAACGUGGAGAUCGAACAUCUGGCUCGCUUCGCCGUUGACUAUUACAACAAAAAUGAGAACGCAGUUUUGGAGUUUGUGACAGUGAUAAGUGCAAAGAAGCAGGUGGUGAGUGGGGUGUUGUAUUACAUAACCUUGAUGGCCAAAGAUGGCGAAACCAAAAACGUGUAUGAAACCAAAGUGUGGGUGAGAGAAUGGUUGAAGUCUAAGAAGGAGGUGCUGGACUUCAAACUCGUCGAUGAUUCAAUCAGAGAAGUAAUCGAAGGUGGAGUCAACGAUGUUCCUGCCGACACCCCACACAUCCAGAAUCUCGGUCGCUUUGCCGUUGAUCAAUACAACAAAGACCAGAAUGCAAAUUUGGAGUUUGUGAGGGUGAUUCAUGCACAGGAACAGAUAGUUGAAGGGUUCUUAUACUACCUAACUUUGGAAGCAAAAGAUGGUGAGAGUAAAAAUGUGUAUGAAGCGAAGGUGUGGGAGAGGUCAUGGAUCAACUCCACUCUAUUGGUCGAAUUUAAGCUUAAGCUUGUCAAUGAUGCUCUUUAAUCUUCUUUCCAUCGUAGAAUACCACUUUUCAAGACUAUUUUACUAUGCAUGUAUGCUAUAAAUAAAUGUAACUCAUGUUACGUACCCACCAUAUAUGUAUUCCCAUGAACUCCACUAUAAAUAAACGUUAUCAUUUAAUUAUAACUAAUG